GCCUCCCCUGCAUCUCCUUGCAACCAACAGCAACCCAUCGUUCUCGCUACUAGCUCACUCUCUACUCGCCCAUCAUCGAUCUAGCUGCUUCCUUCUUCUUCCCUAGCAGAAGAGCAAGACCAUGUCGACGGUGAGCCGUGCAUCCCUCGAGCAGAAGCUUGCCCUCGCCAAGCGAUGCUCGCGAGAGGCCACCCUCGCAGGGGCUAAGGCUGCAGCUGUAGCCACCAUCGCCUCUGCAAUUCCCACGAUUGCGAGCGUGCGGAUGCUGCCAUGGGCGAAGGCCAACAUCAACCCCACCGGCCAGGCACUCAUCAUCUCCACAGUCGCCGGGAUGGCCUACUUCAUCGCGGCCGACAAGAAGAUCCUGUCGCUGGCGAGGCGCCACUCGUACGAGGACGCGCCCGAGCACCUCAAGAACACCUCCUUCCAGGGCGCCGGCAGGCCGCACCCUGCUUUCUUCAGGCCAUGAUCCAGCUGCACCGCUACUGUUGGAGUUGAUGAAUAAACUACUUUGUCAACAACGGCAAAUCGUUCGACGAUGUGCGCAGAGACUUGGACCAUUUAGUUUGUAUCAGCUGUGCUCCAAACACUGUAUAAUCAAGCAGUAUAUCGUCGUAAAAAGUAUUGUACUUUUGUGUUUCUCGAUCCUGAACUACGUUUUUUUAUCCGUAUAAUAGAUAUAUUUGAGAAGCAGCACA